AUGACGAAGGUGGACGAGAAAACGUCUGCAAAGGUGGGUGCUCGCUCUCGAUAUCUCUCUGGGAUGGGCUGCGAUUCGGCGCGGGGACCGACCGCGAGGCGAGACGCCACUAUGCGCCGGCGUUCAAUCGCUUGUUCGUUAACAGUGAGCGGGGCCAGACAUCUUCGCUGGCGUGAUAAGCUCGAACAACGGCAUAUUCCGUCCUUGGAGAGGCACGUCGACCACAACUAGGAACGUGACCUCGCCGAAUGCCAUAGGGCCUGCAUCUCCUCGGCGCGUUCUCGCUGCGAGCGACGAAUCGCGACACGUUCAACUCGCCGCCGCGCCCGGGCAUCGCUGAGCUGAGCUCGAGCACUGAUGCUGCGCAACUCUUUUACCCGAAGCAGACCGAGCACGUCUUCGAUGGCGUAGAUGUAUCCAAGGCCCGCUACUCAAAAGUGCUGCCCUGCCCCGGCACACCCUUGCCACCCCAAUUCGACACGUUGCCCGUGCUCACCCGUGAGACGAUAAGCGCCCGCAUCGCGACCGGCCAGUUGCUUGUACUGCACCCACCACUCGUUUACAAGGUCCCAAUACCAUGGCUUAAGGCCCAUCCGGGAGGCGACACCGCGAUCCUUCACUUCGUAGGGCGCGACGCGACAAAUGAGAUCGAGGGCUAUCACACUGGCGCGACGGUGGCCGAGCGGAUGUCGAAAUGGGUCAUCGGCCAGGUCGAGUUGGAUGACACGGAAGGGUGGAGGGAUAUGGUGCCUCCGAUCCAGUUGGGCAAGUGGCCGCUACCGGUGCCGAGCAUCAUGGUGUCGAGGCCGACCGAGGCGAACGAGAAACCUUUAUCGAGUUCAGAAGUACUCGAAGCCGCUGUCGCUUUACGGACCCAUGUCGACACACUACGCGUCUCCGAGAUCGAUCCUGAGAUCGAAGACUAUGGCGCACUUCCCCUCACACCCUCCUACCAACACCACCUGCGCCAGUCGUUGCGCAAACUCCACGCUCGCAUUCAUUCGCUCGAUCUUGACAGUCCACCUCCCUUCCUCUCCGGCUACGGACCUUCCCUCGUCAUCUACUUGUCCCUCGCCCUGAUGUUUGGCUUUCUCUACCACCGAGCAACAUCGACGCUGGGCUACUGUGUCGCUUCCGUUGCGCUCGGGCUUUUCUGGCAUCAGGUCACAUUCGUUGCUCACGAUGCGGGGCACACGGGUUUAACGGGGGACUGGUACGGUGAUCGGGUGCGAGGCAUCCUCAUCGCCAACUUCUUGGGCGGUAUGAGCCUUGGCUGGUGGUGUGACAACCACAACGUCCAUCAUCGUGCGUUUUCGCGGCCCUUUCGCUCUUGAUGGGUCGAUCGAUGCUGAAGAAUUCGCUUCUUGCCCUCAUUGCACAGUGGUGACCAACUCGCCCGAACAUGAUCCUGACAUUCAGCACCUUCCCUUCUUUGCCAUCUCGACCAAAUUCUUUGGUUCCUUACGAAGCUCGUACUACAAGCGAGCGAUGGCAUUUGACGCCUUUGCGCAAACUGUCCUCCCCCACCAGUACGUGUCGAACAGACAUUCGAAAGGAAACUCAAAGAAGUCGCUCAUUCUUUCUCCCUGUAUGCCAUACAGACACAAACUCUACUAUAUCGUCAUGUGCUUUGCGCGCGCGAACCUCUUUGUGCUUUCGUACACGUUCAUGCUCACCAAAUGGCCUUCCCGAACUUCACCCUUGUUCAAACUACGCCUGCUCGAAAUUGUCGGCAUCGCCUUCUUCUGGACCUGGUUCGGCGCCUUACUUCGCCACCUCCCCAGCAACCGCGCGAGAAUCCUUUUUGUGCUCGUUUCGUUCGCCGUCACGUCCCCCUUGCACGUCCAGAUCGUACUUUCGCACUUCUCCCAACCGAUCUCGGUCAGCUCGGACCUCAUCCCCCAUACCGAAUUAUUGGAAUCGCAUGCGCAUCGUCAACUGAGGACCACGAUGGACAUCGAUUGUUCGACCCGCUUCGACUUCCUUCACGGUGGAUUGAACUUCCAAACCCCUCAUCACCUCUUCCCUAGGAUCCCGAGGUUCCGCUUUCGACGCGUCGCCAAGGAGGUGGAGAGGUGGGUCAAGGAUGAACAGGACAAGGUUGGGGAGGAAGGGUGGAAGUUGAAGCGAGGGGAAGGGUUGGUUUAUAAGAAGAUGGGCUUCGUCGAGGGUAAUAAGGACGUGUUGGGCACGUUGAAGGGCGUCGCGGAACAGGUCAAGUUGUUAGCCAAGGUGGCGGAGAAGGAGGCCAGGGGGGAGUUGCAUCAUCAUUGA